UGCUAACUUCCGUUCUCUGGGCGUUCCUCGGCCCCCGGGUUCCUUCUAGAACACGGGGCUCUGGUGGGGGUGUGUUCAGAGGUCCAAAUCUUUAAAAACCAUCACUUUGACACAGACGCCGAGCCGGGCUGUUGGCUGCGCCAUAUUGGCCGUCUUCAACAGGGAGUGAAGUUUGCCAGCUGCUUGGUUAGACGGCAGCCUUCUCCUGGCAUGAAGCACUCCGAAGAUAAGUAAAUUGUCGCCCUGGUAUCCACCUGGCUGAAUGCAAACCAAAAAAGCUGGACGUAUUGCGUUUCUGCCAUUUUUAUUAUAUUUUUUUUCGGAGUGAAAAAGCUGUACUAACUCAAGCCCAAUGGAUCCCAGGACCACUUGGAUCCAGCCAGAGCAGAAAGGACCGUGGAUGCACUGGGAACCCCCCCGCGGCUUUGGACUUAUCUCCGUGGACAACCACCACCAUCACCACAAGCUCAGCUUUCUGCCAAGCGGCAACUCCCCGAACUGUCAGGGCGACCACAGAAGACGGACAUCGCCGAGUGCCGCGUUUGAGAAGCCGUCGAGGCAGCAGGAUGGUGGAAGCGACAGAGGAAGUGUUCGGAGGAAGGGCUCGUUGUCGCCGUCCUCGUCCUCCCUGGACUCAGAGGCCGAGAGCUCCUCGCCGAGUGGCUCGUCGCUUCACAUCGACCGGCUGAGCCAGACGGAGGAUGCGGGACAGCCGGUUCACUACGGCGAGCGGGAAUUGAACGACGUCAACCUCCGGUUGCUGCCCCUCCACGGCGCCCAGCAGCGCUGCCGCAGCACCCGACACUCCGCCGGUCACACCCCCAACGGUGUGAAGAGCAAGCACCACCAGCAUCACUUAAACGGGCGCAGGAGGCCACUGAAUCGAGCCUACACCUUCCACGGCAUCAACCCGCUCGUGCCCUGCGGCGUCAACGGACACCACGCGGAUGCUUCGUCCAGCCUGUGGAAAAGCAGGCGGUACAGUCCAGGCAUCAACGGUCUCCAUGAAGAAAUAUUGGACUUUUUUCACUUCAUGUCACCAAAACCUGAGGAAGAGGCCAUGAGAAGGGACGUUGUGAACAAAAUCGAGGGGGUCAUCAAGGAUUUGUGGCCUACAGCUCGGGUGGAGAUUUUUGGCAGCUUUAGUACUGGCUUGUAUCUUCCAACAAGUGACAUUGACCUGGUGGUGUUUGGCAAGUGGGAGCACCCCCCUCUACAAGAACUCGAACAAGCGCUGAAAAAAUGCAACGUGGCCGGCCCCUAUCCUGUCAAAGUACUCGACAAAGCCUCGGUGCCAAUCAUCAAGCUUACUGACCAAGAAUCCAAGGUGAAAGUAGACAUCAGCUUUAAUGUGGAGACUGCAGUCAAAGCAGCACAGUUCAUCAAGAGUUACCUAAAGAAGUACGCCGUUCUUCCACCACUGAUCUUCGUUCUGAAGCAGUUUCUGCUGCAGAGAGAUCUGAAUGAAGUGUUUACGGGCGGCAUCAGCUCCUACAGUCUCAUAUUAAUGGCCAUCAGCUUCCUGCAGUUGCAUCCUCGGAUCGACACUCGGCGGACCAAUAUCAACUUGGGCAUCCUGCUAAUAGAGUUCUUCGAACUUUACGGGCACGACUUUAACUACAUGAAGACCGGGAUCCGGGUGAAGAAUGGAGGAGCUUACCUGUCCAAGGAAGAGAUGCUGAAAACCAUGGGGAAUGGAAACAGACCCUCCGUGCUCUGCAUAGAAGACCCAGUGCAACCAGGAAACGACGUGUGCAGGAACUCGUAUGGAGUUCUGCAGGUGAAGCAGGUCUUUGACUUUGCUUACAUGGUCCUGAGUCAUGGCGUUUCUCCUCUGGCGCGCGGAUAUCCCAUCAAAGAGUAUGACAGCAUUUUAGGGCGAAUAAUCAAAAUCAGCCCAGAGGUGCUGGCUUACAGGGAAUGGACAAUUAAAAAGUGGGGGGCCAAGCAGUAUGGAAAAGUGGACAACCACGAUGUAGAAGACUGUGAACAGGGCCUCGUCAGACUCCUGCUGGCUCAGGAUCAGAGAGACACCUCCUCCCCCCUCAGUGCAGACUCCCUCUCACCCUCUCCAGUCUUUCUGCCCAGCCCUCAGGACCCUUCAUCCUCAUCCUCUACAUGCUCCCCCUCCUCUUCCCCCUCUGGAAGUGACAUGGAGUCUGAUUCUCCACAAAGUGGCAUCCCUGCUAUUCGGCUUCAUCCAGUCCCCCUGGCUUCUGUCCACGCCACCGUUCAGAUGUCUGCAGAACAGAGGACGCCACAUUCUGCAGGGUUUAUCCACAGCCAGCAUCAGAUGUCUUUUCCAGAGUGUGUUGCCAUGCCCUCGUUUUACAGUGAGAACCCUCCCUCCAUUGGUGGCGUUCACCGUCGCACAGCUCUGAUCUCCCAGCACAUGAGUUCUACAAGUCCUUUUCUCAGCCCCCUUCCCCAUCCCCGGGUGGGGGAGCAGCACAACUGCCCCUACGCCCCGAGGUCCAGUUCUCAAGGUUCAAAUGAACUGAUGAAUUCUGGGUUGAAGCACAAUCAAGUCGGCAGCCUGCAGAGCCAAACCUUUCAAAACAACUUCAGUCCGCAACGCAAGUUUGUGUCCCAGAGUAACACACCAGGAUCCAGCUUCAGGAGCCCGCACAACCGCAGCACCUGGCGGCGCCGAAAGAGGGACAGCCUUCCUGCUCUCAACCAGAGCGGAUGACAGGACUCUGUGCAUCUCAUGUGGUCAGAGCUUUUGAAAGUCUUUACAGCGCCACUGGAGUUGGCGGCCAGACCUUUCUCCUGUCGUACUUGCACCAGCAGAGCCUCGUAGACUGAUGUGAGACUGGGCCUCCCUCACGUGAAGCAUCGCCCUGUGAAGUAUCGAAAAGUCAGUCAAACUCGAAUAUCUCAAGCAGUGUGCCAUAUUACUGUAGUGGUUCAUCAAGGCUGGCAUGUCUUGAAGCUCAAACUCGUGCUGAGCCGUUCUUAUAAAAAUGGAGGCUCCAUUUAGUUUUUAAUUCGACUCCAGUCCCAAGCUCUGCCUAGUUACCCUGUGGACUGAUGCAAACCCUCCUUUUUAAUCUAUGCAGCCCUAUGCUGACUGUUUUUGAUGUGACUGCACAGAAAACAUCUCUAGGGCCUAAACUGUGACAAGUAGUUGGAAUGUACCACGUCUGUGUGCACGUUUAACUUAUUUUAUUUGUGUGUAUUUUUUUUUUUUUUUGUCGUACUCCCUUUUUUCAGCAACUUGUAUUGAAUUUUUUCCCCACACGGACACCCUUUUUUUUUUUUUUUUUUUUUUUUUUUUACUGCAAAUAUUAGCACAUUUGUUGCCCUUUGUUUUGUGCAAUAAUUAAUUGCUUUUAUUUUUUGUUUUAAUUGAACUAUUUGGGCUCUGCCCGUAAACACUUUAUUUUUAUUUUCUGUGCAAUAGAUGGAUUCUGUUACUGUAUCCAAACUUUAGAACAUCUACCUUUAUGUCAGCACUUUAGUCCAACAAUAUUUAUUGUUGUUUUUUUUUCUUUUUUCUUUUGAGCACUUCAACUGUAAUAAAAUUAGCAGGUGAUCACAUUCCUAACCCCUAUGUACUACACCUCCCCCCCAUUUGUACCUAUUAGUUUAGGCUUUACUGUGCCGUAUUUCAUCUUGAGAAAAACCCUGUGAAGGAAAUGUACAUUUAGAUGUGUGUGACACAGCUCACUACAGAAAUGGUGCUACCUCUAACCAGCAAGUGUUCCCUUUCUGCCUUCUAUCUUUUCUAAUAUACUACAGGAACAUGCCUUCUAACCUGACAACUCAGCUUUAUUAUUAUAAUUUUUUUUUCCUGUACUUUCAUCUGUAGGGAUUUUUGGCAUUUCUUUCAGUGACUUGAUCAGCAGCAAACAUUUAUUUUAAGUCUGUGGUUCUCGGCAUAUGUAUCAUGUAAAUUUAAUAAUUUUAUGGUCAACAACUCUAAUUAUAAGUUGGUCAUCAAAGGUCCUUUUUUUUUUUUUUUCUUUUUUUUUUUUUUUUUUUUUUCCAAAUUGGUAUUUAUGACAAACUGUUUACAUUGCAUCUCAUAAGAGGUUUUGACAUUGGUAGACCCAGAACAACCUGUUUCAGUCGUGUACCAAACUCUACAUACUGUUGACAUCAUACACAUACGUGUAAAUGAGCAGCAUUAAAAUGUACAUGUCUUUAUUUUUAAAUGAAAGUCUGUUUUUGUUUUUUUGUUUUUUUUUUAAUAAAAUUUUAAAUCUGAA